UGGUGUAAUUGUUUACAAAUAAACAUGUCUAAAAAAAGUAUUUACAUUUAUCACCGGUAGCCAGUUUUCAAUUUUAAUAACUAUUUCGCAACAUUAUCAUCAAUAAUUUAAAAUAAAGGUUACGAUCCCGUAGUUAAGUAUGGCAAAAGUAAUGGACAUUGACGGAAGCGUGCUGGAAGGGGGCGGUCAAAUUCUGCGAAUGGCUCUCUGUUUCAGCAUAUUGUGUAAAAAACCGAUCCGGGUGUUCAACAUCCGGGCAGGUCGCAAGAAACCUGGCCUAAUGGCACAGCACAUGAAAGGGAUUGAGCUUCUGCGGGCGAUAUGCAAUGCACAGGUCCAGGGGCUUGAGCUGGGCUCAAUGGAAGUUCAGUUCCAUCCGGGGGACAUUGGACAGGGAAAGUUUGUAGCUCACGUGCAAACGGCCGGUAGUGUGAGCUUGCUGUUGCAAGCUGCACUACCGGUGGCCAUAUUCGGUUCCGGUGCGAUAACGUUGGAUCUCAAAGGGGGCACCAACGUCGAUAUGGCCCCACAGGUUGACUUUAUGACGGAAAUCUUUCGGCCCAACAUGGAGAAGUUUGGCGCAACGUUCGAUUUCGAUUUGUUCCGAAGGGGUUACUUUCCGAAGGGCGGUGGCCACUGCGUAGCUCAUAUAAAACCGGUUCGAUCUUUGAAACCGGUAACCUUAGUGGAUUUCGGGGCGAUCAACAGAUGCUUCGGAUGGAGCUUUGUUGCCGGAGCUGUUCCAAUGAGGGUUGCCAAAGAUUUAGCUGACGGAGCCAAGAAUAUGCUGAAGCGAAUCUAUCGGGAUGAGAUAGACAUUGAGGAGUAUCGAGAGAGUGUCGAUAUGGCCCCAGAUAACUGUUCUGGUAUAAUACUAGGCAUUCAAACUACCACUGGGGUUGUGAUGGGAGGUGCGGCUUUGGGUAAUCGCAAUAAGGACGCCUUCCGGACAGGCGAAGAAGCCGCCAACGUUAUAAAGACUGCGUACAAACUGCGAGCGUGCGUCGAUAGGCACGUGCAAGACAUGAUGAUUGUGCUGAUGGCAUUGGCGGAUGGACGAAGUCGCAUCAAAACGGAGCCACUUACGCUUCACACCCAAACUGCCAUCCACGUGGCCGAGUUGAUGACUAUGACGAGGUUCACUGUUACAGAACAUGAGAACGAAGGGGUCAUCAUAGAGUGCGAUGGCAUUGGAUACCAGAAUCAUAGUGUUCAAUAAACUAGGAAACUAAAAUCUAGUCAUAAUUGCAAAAUAUAUUUUGAUUCUUUCGAUCAAUCUAGCA